UACAUUUAUCUAUAUAUAACCCUCCAUCAUCUUAUAACAGAAGUUGCUUCUCUCCCUACCAUGGCUAAGGUUUAUCCUCAAGCUCCAUCAUCAUCACUUCCAUCAUCAUCAUCAUCAUCAUCAUCAUCAUCAUCCUCACCAUCAUCAUCGCCAUACUUGAGCUCAAAGCAAGAAUGCUUCACAAUAUGGAUGAAAUCGUUAGUGUACAACAGCCAUGGAUGCACUGCAUACAAUUCGAAAGGUGAAAUCAUUUAUCGGGUCGACAAUUAUGACAAGAAAUGCAGCUCGCAAGUUUACUUGAUGGAUAUUCGAGGCAACGUUCUUUUCUCCAUACAAAGAAAGAAAUUACGAGUUUUUGGAUGUUGGGAUGGAUACAAGUGGGAUUUUUCCAAGAAACAACGAUGGUUUCGUGUCACGAGUAAACGUCAAAAGAUUCAUGUAGAUUUAGCAUGUGAUCAAGGUUACAAGAUUGUUAAAAGUGGUGGGAAAUUAGGGUUCAAGAUUAUGAAUCUUGAUCAAGAUCGUGCCUUGGUUGCAGAAAUUAAACCAAAGCAAACGGCUACAGGAGUUCAUCUUGGAGACGAUGUUUUUACAUUAACUGUGGAACCCAAUAUCGAUCAAUCGUUGAUCAUGGCGAUUGUUAUGGUUCAUGGUUUGAUUCAUCGUCAACUUUAAAGUUUCAAUUAACAAGAUUUGAUUGUAGAUCUUGUUUAUUUUGAGAAAAAAAACCGGAUUUGAUUGCGGGUUCUGAUUGAUUCAAAUUGUAAAUGGGACCCACGAAAUGAAGAUCGGAAAACGAGGACAUCUUUGUGAUUAGUUGUAAAUCAUACAAAGUUUUGAUCGGUUUUUUGUGAUUAAUCAUGCUUGAGGUGGUUGUACCUAACAUGAGAAGUAUAUACGUAUAUAUAUAUAGUUAUGCAUAACAGUUGUACCAUGUGAUCAUAUUUGAAUUUUAGUCAACAUAUUUUCUCCAA